AUGCAGAAUCUACGAAUCUUCUCCUCACAUUUGUCACGAGGUUUGAAAUCCAUCGAGACACGCCCAGUUUCUGAUAGGUUGAUCUCGAUCCAAUAUCGGAGGUACUCGUCGCCGGCGACGCAAUCGGAAAAUGUCUCCAGAAUCGUAAACGAGCUCUCGAAUCUCACGCUGUUGGAAACAAUGGACUUGACGGAGAUCCUUAGGCAGAAGCUGGAUGUCGGCGAGAUGCCUGUGAUGGCGGCGAUGAUGCCGGGGAUGGCAUUUCCGGGAUCUGGAGGCGGUAAAUCCGGAGCUGCCGCCGCCGGAAAGGGGGAGGAGAAGAAGGCGGAAGCGAAGACGGCGUUCGAUGUGAUGCUUCAAGCGUUUGAAGCGGCGUCGAAGCUAAAGGUGGUUAAGGAAGUGAGAGCGAUUACGGAUUUGGGCUUGAAGGAAGCCAAGGAUUUGGUGGAGAAAGCGCCUACACUGUUGAAGAAAGGAGUCAGUAAAGAGGAAGCAGAGAAGAUCAUAGAGAAGCUGAAGGCUGUUGGAGCCAAAGUUGCUAUGGAGUGA